AUGGAUUCCAUAGAAUCGUGUGUUCCUCCUGGCUUUCGUUUUCAUCCAACGGAGGAGGAGCUGGUUGGCUACUACCUCAAAAAGAAGGUGGCCUCUCAAAAGAUUGACCUUGAUGUCAUCAGAGACGUUGAUCUUUACAGAAUUGAGCCAUGGGAUCUCCAAGACUGUUGCCGUAUUGGUUAUGAGGAGCAAACGGAGUGGUAUUUUUUCAGCCACAAGGACAAGAAGUAUCCGACAGGCACAAGAACUAACAGAGCAACAAUGGCGGGAUUUUGGAAGGCAACGGGGAGGGAUAAGGCUGUUCAUGAUAAGAAGAUGCUCAUAGGAAUGAGGAAAACACUAGUGUUUUACAAGGGAAGAGCGCCUAAUGGACAGAAGUCAGACUGGAUUAUGCAUGAAUACAGGCUUGAGACUGAAGAGAAUGGGCAGGCUCAGGAAGAAGGUUGGGUCGUCUGCCGAGCAUUCAAAAAGCGCACCAACGGCCAAACAAAAAGCUUCAUUGCCCACUGGGACUCCAACUACAACAUCUUCCCCAACCCCAACACCAGACUCCACACAACCUUCAUCGAUCAACAUCCCAACAUUUCUAAUCCCCAUCAUCUAAAUCCCAAAGAUUUCUUCUUAAAUCAGGAAAUGGUACUCCCAGGCGGACUAACAAAGCUGCUUCAGUGCCCCAACGCCUUCCUCCAACUUCCACACCUCGAGAGCCCUCAUCCCUUUCCGCUCAUAAAAACUUCUUGCAGCAGUUCUGUUUCUGUUAAUGCCGGUUCGGUGCAUGAGAAGGAGGGGGACAGAGAGGGAAGUUGCGCCGGCGAUCAGAGAGUCACUGAUUGGCGAGCGCUGGACAAGUUCGUGGCGUCGCAGCUGAGUCGAGAGGAUGGUUUUGUUGGAGAUUGUGAGGCGGGAGAGAAUGGUUCGGAGAUGGCGUUCCUAUUGGUUGAUGAUGGGGGAGAGGAGGAAGGGAGGAUGAAGGAGAGUUGUGUUGGUGAUGUUGGAUUCUGCGUGUUCGAGUAGUAGAGUUGCAGGAGCAGGUGAUGCAA